AUGGUUACAAGAGAUGUCAAUGUUAGGCUGAAUGUCGAGGAAAGAGUUAAAGAGAGACUAUGUUUCAAAAAGCCUACAGUAGCCCAAAUGAAGAGAUUAUCCAUUCCUGCACAGCCUUUUAUUGAGCCCUUAUCACAGUUGCAAGAAUUCCAAGAAUACAACAAAAUUGAGUCGGUUCAUAAACGAGCUCGAAAAGCUCUUGCUAAAAGAGACUCUUGUUCUUCGUCAAGGGGAGAGAAGUUUCGGAGACUGAUGCCUUUCGAGAGAGAUGAACCGAUGAAGCGCGUAGUGCCUCAGCGUGUUGAGAGCCCAUUCUUCCCGGAAGAUGAACCACCUCUCAUUGUUCCUGAUGCAGGAAACGAAUUACUUACGCAAAGUAGCGUGCAGAGAUCACAUCCGUAUGGUCCACAUCCCGGUGUUUGUGCCACAUCCCAACUGUUGGAUGAAGUUGCAAGUUAUGAGGAGAGACUGACAUACUGA